UGUUGCCUUUCUUUUUUUGAUUAGAUUAUGAGUAAAAGGAGGUUUGAUGAUACUGUUAGUGACGAUGAGGACGAUGUUCAAUUAGAUGCUGACCUUCAGUCAAAAUUAUAUGUACCCAAAAACGCAAACCUCGAAGUGAAAGCAUUAAAACCAGCCAAUGAAACCAUCGAUGAAUCACUUAAGUCAGAUUAUCUUUCACACAUUUUCGGUCGUGAAGAUUAUACCUACCUUCCAUUGAAACAAGAUCAUGCUUCACGACCAUUGUGGAUCAGUCCCGAAGAUGGUCAUAUUAUUUUAGAGGGCUUCUCGCCUAUUGCUGAACAAGCACAAGAUUUUUUAGUGGCUAUCAGUGAACCUGUCAGUCGUCCUGCGCACAUUCACGAAUAUAAAUUAACACCGUACUCAUUAUACGCCGCUGUAUCUGUGGGUUUGGAAACCGAGGAUAUUAUUGAAGUACUAAAUCGUUUGAGCAAAGUGCCUGUUCCUGAUUCCAUCAUUCAGUUUAUUCGUCAAUGUACUCUAUCAUACGGCAAAGUCAAGUUGGUGUUGAAACACAAUCGAUAUUUUGUUGAAUCUUCUCAUCCAGAAACUCUGCAAAUGCUUUUAAAGGAUCCUGUCAUUAGUGUAGGUCGAAUUGUUAGAGAUGAAAAUGAUCAAGUCAUUAGUGCUCCUCCUGGGUCUGCGGCACUUUUGGUCAAUCAGAAACCAACAGGAAAGGAUUUGAUGAUUCCAGGAGUGAAGCCACCAGCAAAACCAAAUGAAGGCGAGAACAUAGACAAGCCAAAGGAACUCACUGCAGAAGAAAUAGAACGUAAAAAGGAGGAGGAGAAAUAUUUUGGAGCCGUUGUCGGCAUUGAUAAAGAGGAUGAAGAAGACGAUAUCGGCGGCGAACAGGUGCAUGCAUUCGAAAUUGCUGCUGAACAUGUGGAGAAUAUUAAGAAGAGAUGUAAUGAUAUUGAUUAUCCAAUGUUGGAGGAAUAUGAUUUCCGUAAUGAUACAGUAAAUGCCAAUCUUGAAAUCGACUUGAAACCUACUACUACCAUUCGUCCUUAUCAAGAAAAGAGUUUGUCAAAGAUGUUUGGUAAUGGACGCGCACGUUCCGGUAUCAUUGUGCUGCCUUGUGGUGCUGGUAAGACACUUGUUGGUAUUACUGCUGCUUGUACAAUCAAAAAGAGUUGUCUUGUCUUAUGUACUUCAUCUGUAUCUGUUAUGCAGUGGAAGCAGCAAUUUCUGCAGUGGAGUAGUAUUAAGGAAAACCAAGUUGCUGUGUUUACAUCUGAUUGCAAAGAAAAGUUUCUUGGCGCAUCUGGUAUUGUCAUUUCAACAUAUUCAAUGGUAGCCAACAAGCGUAAGCGUUCAUAUGACGCUCAAAAGAUGAUGGAUUUUCUUGAAUCAAGAGAGUGGGGCUUUUUGCUUUUAGAUGAAGUGCACGUUGUGCCUGCCAAUAUGUUCCGUACUGUUGUUACUACUAUUGCCGCUCACGCCAAAUUAGGAUUGACAGCUACUCUAGUUCGCGAAGAUGAAAAGAUUGAUGAUUUGAAUUUCUUAAUUGGUCCCAAACUUUAUGAAGCUAAUUGGAUGGAUCUAGCGAGCCGUGGACAUAUUGCUAAUGUACAGUGUGCAGAAGUAUGGUGUCCUAUGACUCCCGAAUUUUAUAAGGAAUAUUUGUACGAAAAUUCUCGAAAACGUGCACUACUUUAUGUCAUGAAUCCAAAAAAGUUUCAAGCUUGUCAAUACCUCAUCGGUUAUCAUGAAAGACGAGGUGACAAAAUCAUUGUUUUCUCGGACAAUGUUUACGCACUUAUUGAAUAUGCGAAAAAAUUGGGGAAACCGUACAUUUACGGUGGUACUGGUCAGCAAGAAAGAAUGCGUAUUUUACAGAAUUUCCAAUAUAACCCUCUCGUGAAUACAAUUUUCUUAUCGAAAGUCGGUGAUACCAGUAUUGAUUUACCGGAGGCUACCUGCCUGAUUCAAAUAUCAUCUCAUUAUGGUUCGAGACGUCAAGAGGCACAGAGACUUGGUCGUAUUUUGAGAGCCAAAAGACGUAAUGAUGAAGGCUUCAAUGCAUUCUUCUACUCAUUAGUGUCUCGUGACACUCAAGAAAUGUACUACUCUACAAAGCGUCAACAAUUCUUGAUUGAUCAAGGCUAUGCUUUCAAAGUUAUCACUAACCUCGAAGGGAUGGAGAGUGAUCCAAACCUUGUAUUUAGAACCCAUCAAGAACAGAUGGAUCUGUUGAAGGCUGUAUUGCUAACGAACGAUAACGACUUGAGAGAUGAAGAGCUAGUAAAUGUUGAUGACGUUACUAAGAUUACUGAUAAAAAGAUUGCUGCGAAAAACCGCGCUACAGGGCUCGUUAAAAGACAGACUACUACCUCCAAAACUUUGGCUGGUGGUGAUAAUAUGGCUUAUAUCGAAUAUAAUCGUAAUGCAGAAGGACAGUUCACUGGUCGCAGUCGGAAAAAUGCUGCUCCCGCUAAAGAACACCAUGCUCUUUUCAAGAAAUAUAUGGGUAGAAAAUAGAUAUCAUAUUGUUCUUUACUUCACUAUGUAUGCAAAAAUGCUGGAUUUACGUUCCAGGCAAUUUAUUUUCUUUUAUUUUUUUUUUUUAUUUUUUGCACAAUAUCUCGCUUUUGUUUAGAAAUUAAUCUGCAUAUAUAAUGGUGAUCUAGUGAACAAGUAUUAUAAAAGAUAUUGUCAAACAGUUUUAUUUUGAAUGGAUGCUUUAUUGCAUCAUUUUUGAACAACAAGGCUUUAGAAUAAGAUGAAUUGUUAAAGGGGGCAUAUGAAUUUCUA